AUGUCUUCUUUUACGAUAACUCUUGUUUUUCCCCUUUUAAUAUUAUUACAUUCAAUUGCUUUUUUUGAUAUUAUUAAACUCUUUUUCCUUCUCUUGACUAUUGUUCUUUUUCUCCUUCUCUCGAGACUAUUGCCCUCUUUCUCCUUCUUUCUAGACUAUUGCCCUCUUUCUCCUUCUUUCGAGACUAUUGCCCUCUUUCUCCUUCUUUUGAGACUAUUGCUCUUCUCCUUCUCUCGAGAUCAUUCUACUCUUUCUCCUUCUCUCGAGACUAUUGUCCUCUUUCUCCUUCUCUCGACACUAUUUCUGCCUUUUCCUUUCUUUAAAAAAAAUCGGUCGCUUUUUAUUUCUCUUAUGGAUAAUGAAGCGGAUACGUCUUUGGACUUCUUUCUGUUCCUACAGAAUUCAUUUUCUUUUUCACUAUUUUUUUUAAAGAGAGUCAAAAAGGAUCUCAGUGAUGACGUUAAGGUAGGUCUGUCAGUAUCCAUCUAUCUAUCUAUCUAUCUAUCUAACGUAGUCUGUGCACAUCUAUCUAUCUAUCUAUUUAACGUAGUCUGUGCACAUCUAUCUAUCUAUCUAUCUAUCUAUCUAUCUAUUUAA